AUGUGCAUAUGUACACGUCUCUUGUGCUGCAGCGGGAUUGGACAAGCACGGCGGCAGCUCACGCCUGCCUCGUCACGUCAGAAGCCGUGGGGUAACGACCCGCCCCAUUUAAUGUCGCCACAGGAUGAGUUAGUGGCGAAGCUCAGUGAUGAAGUAUUUUCUAGGGGCAACAUGCACCUUAAGAAUGUUGAUGUCGUCUCCGCCUUACCUGAGGGCCUACAUUCGUUUCCGGAGGUUUGUUUUAUCGGAAAACCCAACGUGGGGAAGUCAUCCAUCAUUUCCUGCCUUUUACGCAACCCGAGACUGGGUCGUGCCGGAAGAGUGCGUGGAACCACGCGGUUGCUGCAGUUCUUCAACGUGGGUGACGCCUUAUUGCUUGUUGACACCCCUGGUUACGGUGGAUGGAAAGGUCGACAUCUCCCACAGAGUGUGGCCGAACGUGCGAGUGCCUUCGCAAUUCUGUUCCGUUACUUAGCGCUGCGUUCGAAGGGACCACUAAAGCGAGUGUAUUGGGUAAUGGAGGCCACAAAGCCUGUGCAACCCCGGGACGAGGAAAUAUUUGUGUUUCUGCGGAAUGAGCAAAUACCAUUCUCCAUCAUUAUCAGCAAGCUUGACUACUUUGGCGGUGACGGUGCUGCACUCCGACGCCAAGUGGAAAGCAUCUACAAUUUUUUGGGCACGGAGGACGUUCCUGUCUUGGGUGUGAGAGCUGAUUCAAGUCGACCGGAAAGGUGCAUUAACAUGACAGCCUUGCAACAUGAUAUUACCCACUACUGCACGACAGAUCUUGUUCGUGUCGAAGAUCUGAGUUACAAUGGGCUUAAAGAGCUGAGCUAUGCGCCACCCACCUUUGAUGAAGUGCGUGCAGUGGAGGAGCGUUACCCGGUGGAGUCUUUCAUCGUCCCCCAGGAUGACAACUUAUCAUUGCAACACUUCGUUUCUCUACACCAGGAGGCCAAGUCAAGGCACCUGACCACCUCACCCAUGGCCAUGCGACUCUCCACCAAGGAAAAAUUAGGUGCUAACCUCAUUGGUGACGAUGGUGGCAGCAAGGGGAUAGACAUAGAUGAAGGUACCAUCGUUGCGCACUCCCCGUUGUUGGCGAGGCUAACGAUAGCUGCAGAAGGAACCAUACCGGACUCCUCUUUGUUAGAGGGGGUGCCUCUCGGAGUCGUUGCCGUUUCACCGACAAAAAUGCCACAGUGUUUCCACGAGCAUCCCUCGAUUCGAGAGGGACUUCUGCGCACUUCCAGAGUCGGUCACACUGAUUUGCAGCAGGAAGAAGCAGUCAACAGAGUUCAACCAGUUUCCCCUUGCCCUUCACCGACAAUAAAACACAAGAGCUCCGAGCAUCUUUCUUGUAAACCCACGGGCUCUUUGGGGGGAGAUGCACCAGGCGCUCCACCCUUCUCCCCUUCCCGCUUUGGUGCGCAUAUGGAAACUAUUAGAACCAUUAACGGCGUGUGUAUACCUAAAAGCAUGGUGCCUCCCUCGGUGGUUCAGCUGGCCGCUGGUCAGGCGGGGUCCUUUGCAGCGUUUGCUCAGCAUUCGGGAGCCAACGCUUACGAGGAGUUUUUGACUGGGGACGCAACUGGGAGUGGAACGUUCUUGGAGGCUACAGGAAGUGAAGACACACUGGAAAAUAAAGGAAGGUCGCUACGCCGCCCCCGGGAAAAGAGCAUGCGGCGAUGCGCUCUCGAUAAGGUACUCAAAAGGUAUGUUGCCUGUGGGCGGAAGCAGCGCUCACUUCACAUGCAGGCUGAGGGUUACAUGUGCCCCUGGCUCGCCGGUGCGGGCCAACAGGCACGAAGCGCCGUCUUUGGGGUUACACGUAGUCGGGCCCACGCAGGUGGCAUGGAAGUUCUGAAGGGCCUAAAGCGUACAGGCUUCGGUGGUCAGAGUUACUCCGCGCGUACCAUGAAGAACCGUGGACGGUCGACGAAGAAGACCGGUUUCUGGGCUGCGUAA